AGUAAAUACAUCAGCUCUUCCUCACUGAGUGGUCACAUGGUCAUGACAUCAUCGAAGGUCCUUUGCCUGCCAGUGUCUGUGGGAUCCAUGUGAUAACAUAUGUGUCAGUGUAGGGCCUUCUGUGGAUUAUUGACUUUUACCUGAAAAAUGAUUCUUGUGCUGCCAAGACUAUAUCUUGGUAACAUCAGUGAUGUUGAAGAUGUACAACAUUUACAAGAAUCUGGUAUCACCCACAUACUGACUGUAGAUAGUGUACAACCUGAUCUGACUUCAUUCCAGACAAAGUUUGUUAAUUUGUUGGACGAUUCCAUUGCAGACAUUUUGAGUUGCUUGCCUGAGUGUCUAAACUUUUUGAAGGAAGCAUUGGCAACCGCUGAAUCAUCUGUUCUUGUUCACUGCCAUGCUGGAGUUAGCCGGAGUGCAGCUGUAGUUAUAGCUUAUUUGAUGAACACAACAAGAUGUACUUAUGAAGAAGCAUACAGAAGACUACAAGAUGUAAAAUCCGAUAUUAGAAUCAAUGAGGCAUUUGUAAACCAACUAGCACUAUUUGAAGCAAUGGGUUGCGAAGUGGAUAUGAGCAGUGCAAGUUAUAAACAGUAUCGGCUGCAGAAGAUUACAGAAAAGUACCCUGAAUUGCAAAAGUUGCCACGUGAAGUGUUUGCUUUGGAUCCUAGCUCCAUAACUCAAACUAAAGAGGUUCUGUAUCGCUGCAGGAAAUGCAGGCGUUCCUUAUUCCGUGCAGAAAGCAUUUUAAAUCACUCUUUAGGCGCUGGACCUGUGGCGUUUGCUCAUAAAAGAUUUUCAGUAUUAAAUGGCUCAGACUCUACCAAAUGCACCUCAUACUUUGUAGAACCUGUGCAGUGGAUGGAGGAAAGUCUUUUGGGAGUAUUGGAUGGGCAGCUCCUCUGCCCCAGGUGUCACUCAAAAUUGGGCUCAUUUAACUGGUAUGGAGAACAGUGUUCUUGUGGUCAGUGGGUGACUCCAGCAUUCCAGGUGCAUAAGAACAGAGUUGAUGAGGUGAAGCCUUUGCUUAUCUGUGGAAGGUGAUAGGUUCAUAAACCAGGACUGAUACACAUAACUAUAAUGCUAAAAAAUGUAAUACAAUAAUUUUUUUACUGUACAGCAAGUGUCAAUGUAACAUUAUCACCAAUCAUUCCUUUUAAGGAAAAACUAUAGUUAGCAGUAUGCGACAUUAAAGGUUUAAAAAAUAAAACCAAA